GUUUUAAGGCUUACAGCAUGAUUGAAUGUUACGAAAUAAUUAUAAUUUUCCCAAUUACUGGUACAAUUGGGCCGGUGUUUUCGGUAAUUUAUUUUUAAACCCUUUCUCAGUGUGCAAAAGUGAAAUAUGUUAAUUAGAUUUAGAACAGGGCCGUCGCACUGUUGGAAGCCAUACAAAGUGUGGGAUUCUGGUGCAGAAUAAGCAAGCUCAGUAGCAGCUUGAAGCGCAUCGCGUGCGGUAGUGGAGCAAUGGCCAUGGACGACUAUGAUGAUGACAUGAGCAGCGUGGGCGUGACCACGGCCCGAAUCGAAAACCAACAUCAGCCACACCACCACCAGCAGGGUCAGCAUGGACACCACCAACUGGGCCAGGCUCAAAGCCAGUACAGUGCAGGUGCCGUAAAAGUGGGAGGAUGGCGAUACGAGGACGCCAGUCGCUACAUCGGCGAGUGGAACCAGCGUGGCCAAAAACACGGCAUUGGACAUCUGCAGUUUGCCGAUGGCACCCGCUACGAUGGCCAGUUUCAGGAGGGUCUUACUCAAGGAGUGGGAUGCCUCUGGUUCGCGGAUGGAGCAAAAUACGAAGGCGAGUUUUAUCAGGGCUGGUUCCACGGUAAUGGGAUCUUCUGGAGAGCUGAUGGAAUGAAGUACGAGGGUGAGUUUCGAGGCGGCAAAAUCUGGGGCCUGGGAUUGCUGACGUUCCAAGACUUUACGCACGGCUUCCCCAGAAACGAGGGAUUCUUUCAAGACUGUCGCUUUAUGAGACGACGUCGAUGUCCCGAGGUGGUGCAGCGUGCUCAAAAGUGCGCUCUUAUGGCCCGCUCCCAGUGCGAACACCCAUACUGAAUGGAGUGUUAUCAGUUGGAAUUGAUGAACACACAGAAAAAAUCUAUGAAAAAAUCUUA